CUCCGACUGGAAAUCAUCGUUCCGUCGACCACCCUCGUUUCUCGUCUAUCCACUUCUCAGCUCUUCGCUUGCCCUCCGAUUGAUCUAUCUUCGGAGAACGUCGUUCUGUUGAUUCCCGCUUGAUACUCAACAAAGUAAACCCGACGUCUCAAGAUCAUGGACGUCAUUCUUCACUACGCCGACGAAUUCGUCCUCGACAGCUUCUGGGCUUGGGCUGUGCCUGCCCUUCCGCGCUCGCUGGCGUCGGGCACCUCGAGCGCGUCCAAGGCGUCGACUCCGACGUCGAGCGCGAUUGCCAACCUGACUGCCUCGCUCGCCAAUGCAUGGAGCAUCCGGGGCGCCUCCUCGUCUUCGCCUUCGCUGGACGCCCUCAGCUCGACGGCCAAUGCCAUCAAGAGCGCCGACCUAGAGAGCCUCCAGGGCGUGAGCGCAUGGGGUCGCGACCACUUGCUCCGACAAUGCUUCUCGCUCUACGCCAUCACCUUUGUUGGCAUUCUCCUCCUCUACUUCUCGUUUGCCGGCCUGUCGUACUACUUCUUCUUCAACCACGAGAUGAAGAAGCACCCUCGCUUCCUCAAGAACCAGGUCCGACUCGAGAUUGAAUCAUCGCUCAACGCGUUUGCCCCGCUCGACCUCCUCACCCUGCCCUGGUUCCUUGGCGAGGUUCGAGGCCACUCGCUGCUGUAUAACAACAUCAGCGACUAUGGGCUGGCAUACGCCAUCUUCAGCGUGCCCUUCUUCCUUAUCUUUACCGAUGCAUGCAUCUACUGGGUCCACCGUCUCGAGCACCACCCUCGGCUCUACAAGCACAUCCACAAGCCCCACCACAAGUGGCUGGUUCCCACGCCAUUUGCCUCGCACGCGUUCCACCCGCUCGACGGCUAUGCCCAGUCGCUGCCCUACCACAUCUUCGUCUACCUCUUCCCCCUCCAUCGCUUCAUCUACAUGGGCCUCUUUGUCUUUGUCAACUGCUGGUCCAUCCUCAUUCACGACUCGGACAUGAUCUGCAACAGCCCCCUGGAAAAGGUCAUCAACGGCCCAUCGCACCACACCCUCCACCACCUCUACUUCAACGUCAACUACGGACAGUACUUUACGGGAUGCGACCGGUUAGGGGGAAGCUACCGGGCGCCGAAGAUGGAGGACGACCCCUUGCUCGAGGUGACCAAGAAGAGCAAGGCGGACAAGAGCGAGUGAUGUGCGAUACCCUUACUAUAACCUUUAGAGAACCACCGCCAGGACAGUCUAUCCAUCCCCCCUUCCCUCAUUCAGAGGGCUGCGCUCUCUCUCCCGGCUCUGGCCAGCAUGUAGAACACGCCUUGUGCUCCGCGACUUCUUCUCCUUUUAAUCUCAUCUGUCCGCAAUCGUGGUGUGCUG